AUGGCUGUAAUUAGUACUCAAAUCCAGAGUCACCUUGCACUUCGUUUCAUUGAAUCACAUCACAUUCUAGAAUAUGAAUCUGUUAUUAAUGUCUCCUCUGAAACAGGUGCUGGUGUUAUUCUCUGCAUAGAAAAGGCAUUGGCUCAGUCUGGGGUGUCUAGAGGAGAUUUUAAUUACAUCAACGCACAUGCUACAUCCACACCAUUCAGAGACCUGAAAGAGUAUAAUGCUCUAAUUCAUUGUUUUGGCCAGAAUACUCCUGAGACCAAAUACAACUUAGUAGCUGGUUUAUUCAUGAAAUCUGAGAAAUUCAAUUUUGACAAAGACUUUGGUGGGAUGGAAAGGCUUGAUAUGUUCUUCCCAUUUGACCCAUGUUUGCCGAAAAAAAGAGUGACAGAAAAUUUGGGGCACCCAGCCCUUUUUGGGAAAUACAAAUCUUCAAACGAUGAGAAGGGAAAAAAAGGCAAAUUUGACUGGAGAGAGGGAGGGACGGAGGGAGAAGACAUUGGCGGCUUGUGUAAGGCCUGA